UAUUUUUGCUUUCAUAGUUAGUUUUAUUGAAAAUUAAUGAAAAAUAAUUUUUUUUAAACUUUAUGCAUGAUUAAUUUCAUAUUAUUUGCAUGUACUUUCAUAUCUAUCUAGCUUAGCUUCAAUCAAAUUCAUUUUUAUCUUGAGACACUAACUUAUCAAUAGGGAUUUGAUCAAUAAAAGUUAUAUUAUCUCUUUUUUUAUUUUCGAAAAAUGAUCAAAAUGACUUUAAGAUAAACGAAAUAUACUUUUCAUUAUUUGAAAAAUCUUCAUGAAAAUAAAGAAAAUAUUCAUAAAAGUAUAAAGGCUAAACUAGAAUUUCAAAUAAACCACAUUAUACUCACUAUUAUUUUUGGUUUUGAUUAUAUAUUUUAGCUUCUCAAAGAGGUUAACACAAUAGUUAUUUUUUUUACUUGAAAUUAGAGAAAAUAUAAUGAAAAACUGCAAUUUUUCACAGAUGGAUUAUAACUAGUUUUAAAAAAACACUAAAUCCAUUCAAACACUUGUCUAUUAUCACCCAUUCAAUUUAUUUCAAAAGUUCUGUAUUAAAAAAAUACCCCGCACAUAUCAUUUAGGACCACGACGGCCCUGUUUAUUUUACAAAGCGAAGUGAGAAAACGAAGUUGCAUUUUACUUAGUUUUUAUUAUUUUUUUCAUUGUUUUGGUGAAUAAAAUCUAUAUUUUGAUCCAUUUAAUUAUCCAAAAUUGAACGAUAAAAAGAGUCAUGUUAAAAAAUUCGCGUAAACAAAUUUAAAUUGUUAAAAUAGUCACUAAAAUCACUUUAAUAUUCCUGUAUUUAUUCUCCACCGUGUAUAAAUAAUUCACACAACAAUUUUUCUAUUAAAACAUUGAACAAAAUCAUGCAAUUGCGAGGUUACUUAAUCCGCCAUAUUUGUUUUUGUAUAUGGAGAGGUAAUUUGUUAUUUAGAUGAAGAAAUACGAAAAAACAAAACACUUCAAAUACCAGUUAAAAGCUUUUAAACACAAAAUUUUAGUUUAUAUAUAAAUCAUUCGCACUAUAAUUUUUCCACAAAAACAUGAAAUUUCGGAACCAAAUCCGCCAUUAUUGCUAAUUAACACUGUUGAUUGGAAUAAACGAGAAAAAUCUUGUUUACAUCAGCUGUAAACGCCUACUUAACAUUAACUACUACUUGACGUUUCAUUACAAUUACAGGUUAGAUCACAGAAAUGUGUUAAUUUUUACGCGCGGCAAAUUUGAAUUCGAUAAAAAACUUUCUAUAAUCAAUAUUUUUAUUCACAAUUCAAUAAAUACUGAAAUAUCCGUAUUUAUUUAUUAAUUUUUCGAAAAAUCUUUUUUUUUUUUUAUUAGAAAAUUCAAUAUUUUGAACUAUAAUAAAUAUUUGUCGCAUUUAUUAUUGAAGUUAUGUCAAAUUAUGUCACUUUAAAUUACGUCACGGUUAAAAUUAUAAUAUUUUUUUACACGCAGAAAAAAGAUUUCUAAAUUUAUUGAAAUAAUUUCCAUUAAACAACACUGCCUAACAUAAAAUAAUGGUCUACUAAUAAUUGUUAUUGUUUGUAAAUAAUAUUCUCAACACAAUUUACACGCAUAAAAAAGUUUUGUUAAUUUGAUAAAAUAUUUUAAUUAAACUACACUGCUGGCCAUAAAAAUUAGGGUCUACUAGUAAUUGUUAUAGAUUGUAAAUAAAAUAUAAUGAAUUUUACACGCAGAAAAAAGAUUUCUAAAUUUAUUGAAAUAAUUUUCAUUAAACAACACUGCCUAACAUAAAAUAAUGGUGUAUUAAUAAUUGUUAUUGCUUGUAAAUAAUAUUCUCAACACAAUUUACACGCAUAAAAAAGUUUUGUUAAUUUGAUAAAAUAUUUUAAUUAAACUACACUGCUGGCCAUAAAAAUUAGGGUCUACUAGUAAUUGUUAUAGAUUGUAAAUAAAAUAUGAUGAAUUUUACACGCAGAAAAAAGAUUUCUAAAUUUAUUGAAAUAAUUUUCAUUAAACAACACUGCCUAACAUAAAAUAAUGGUGUAUUAAUAAUUGUUAUUGCUUGUAAAUAAUAUUCUCAACACAAUUUACACGCAUAAAAAAGUUUUGUUAAUUUGAUAAAAUAUUUUAAUUAAACUACACUGCCGGCCAUAAAAAUUAAGGUCUACUAGUAAUUGUUAUAGAUUGAAAAUAAAAUAUAAUGAAUUUUACACGCAGAAAAAAGAAUUCUAAAUUUAUUGAAAUAAUUUUCAUUAAACAACACUGCCUAACAUAAAAUAAUGGUGUAUUAAUAAUUGUUAUUGCUUGUAAAUAAUAUUCUCAACACAAUUUACACGCAUAAAAAAGUUUUGUUAAUUUGAUAAAAUAUUUUAAUUAAACUACACUGCCGGCCAUAAAAAUUAAGGUCUACUAGUAAUUGUUAUAGAUUGAAAAUAAAAUAUAAUGAAUUUUACACGCAGAAAAAAGAAUUCUAAAUUUAUUGAAAUAAUUUUCAUUAAACAACACUGCCUAACAUAAAAUAAUGGUGUAUUAAUAAUUGUUAUUGCUUGUAAAUAAUAUUCUCAACACAAUUUACACGCAUAAAAAAGUUUUGUUAAUUUGAUAAAAUAUUUUAAUUAAACUACACUGCCGGCCAUAAAAAUUAGGGUCUACUAGUAAUUGUUAUAGAUUGGAAAUAAAAUAUAAUGAAUUUUACAUGCAGAAAAAAGAUUUCUAAAUUUAUUGAAAUAAUUUCCAUUAAACAACACUGCCUAGCAUAAAAUAAGGGUCUACUAAUAAUUGUUAUUGUUUGUAAAUAAUAUUCCUAACGAAAUGUAAGGAAUUUAUACUGCCGCACAUAAAAUUAAGGUGUACUAAUAAUUUCUGUAGUAUAUGAUAUAUAACAAAUUUAUAUAAAUAUGGUACAGGGUGGCUCUAAUAUAUUGUAUACCAUCUGUGAUCGAUUGUAGUAUGUUUUGUGACGUCAUAACAUUCUACAAACGCAAUUUUUUUUGUCUAAUUUGCUUUUGUGAUGGUUUUUUUUUGCUCGCGGGACGCAGCCGUCGAAGGUAGAGACAGACGUACCCGAAGUAAGUACACCACUGACGGUACAAGUGGCAAAUUCGUUGCGCAAAAGAUUAACGUCAACGAAAAACUGUCAACUACCCCCUGAUGACGUCAUCGAAUUGAAAAAGUUAUAUACGGACAAAAAGAGUAGCGCGGAUUCGGUGAGUUACGCGAGGAGUUCGUCGCGCGAAAGUUCCGAUAUGGAAGUUGAAACUUACAUAGGUAGACGCAGACAGAAGAACGUUUCCUAUCGAGAUGAAGAAAAAUCACAUUUGAUUUGUUACAGAGAUAAUACGAAAAUUAUAACUAUUAAAAAUGAUUCUAGACAUGCUAAAUACAACACUUUCGAUAUGAAAUGCGAUCAAAAAGGCAAAAUGAUCAAAUAUAAAUCUCUGGAUAUACCGGACGUGAAUAAAACUGCCUGUAACAAAAAUAAAGUAUCCGUAUCGUCGGAAAAUAUCGGAAAAAUAACUAGAAAAAAAUACAAGCACGAUAUUAUCACCGAUACGGUAGACGCUUGGGCUAAAAAGGGAAGCAAAUACACUUUUUCUAAUAUUAAAAAUUCCAUUUUCAAAAACGGCGUCGAAAAAGAAAAAAACGUCGUAUUUAAACCGUUAAUAUUCGGCGGGACGUAUCCCAUUGAUUUGCCGACUUUCGAUAAUAAACUCGAAAUUAAAACUAACGGGGAUGAUAAAAAACAACAAAUUAGAAAGUACGGCCCUGCGCGUACCUUCGAUAUCGAUCAACCUAUAUAAUAAAAAAAAUUUCAACUUCAAAAUUCAGGUAACGAGAAAUAGCAAAAUCGCCCCCGUAUUUUUAUUGUGAACAAAUAUUGGUAUUCAAAUCGAAAAUAUUACCGGUGAAACCGUCAUUGCUUCUUGAAUGACGUCACCAAGUGAGGUUAUGUGUUAAUGACAGUAAUUUUACGAGAUUUUCCUAUUAUAUUAUGGGUUAAACUAACAAAAAAAUAUAUCUCAAUUUUUUUUUUAUUUUGAUUGUUCAAAAGCACAAAGACAGCUUGUGACGUUAAUUUUAAUAUUAUUAAUGUUGAUAAUUAAAAGUAAACCGCCAUUUUGCUAUCUAGUUAUAAAAAUGUAUAUAUUUUCUUUUCAAUAAUGAGAGGUAUUUAUAUAUUAGUAUCAUUUAUUGUGUUGUAUAGAAAUCGUUUAUUUUUCCAACACACCUCGUAUAUCAAUUGAUCUUCGUGUUAUAAAAUUAUAAUAAUCCAUUUUGACUUUCUCAAAAAAAAUUUUUUUUCGAAACUAGAAAGCACGCGUAAAAUUUUUUUCGUAACGAAAAAAGUGUGAUUGUUGAAACUGUUAACACAAAAUAAAUGUUAUAUAAUAGAGAAAAAAUUUCCCAAGAUUAUUACACUCAAACAUAUAAUCAACAAUUCCAAAUAAAUUUGUGUUCACCCUGUAUAUAAAAAAAUAACGUAAUACGUUAUAUGUAAAUUAUUCUGAAUGCACUUCCAGAAGGUAAAAUUGCUUCUCUGAAAUUUUGAUGGGGUUAAUCCGAUCCUGUACCGAAACUUUACCAAUAGGGUAAAUGGUCAUGGCCAUAUACGAUUCUUUAGGAAUUUAUAGGCAACUGCGAUUAGUUGAUAUUUGAUUCGUAUAACUUUAAAUGUUGUUAAUACCCCGUACAUGGGGAUUUGAAUUACUUAAAACUAGGUUAUUCAGUUUUUUAAAUUUUGUAUUUAUCACAAAAAAUACCAAAUUUGUAUUGAAAUUUGGUGAUAAUUGUUUAAAAAUAAUUAUUAAAAGAACUAAAAUUAUUAUAUAACUGAAUUCAGGUCUAUGAAGACAGAAAAUUAUGAAAUUUUCACCAAAAACGUUCUAAAUUUGAUAAAAAUAUAUUUCUGAGUUGAAACUUACGAUCAGCUGAUCUAUGUGAUCCAGCUAGAGGUUUUAAAGCCAAUUAAGGAUCUAUAAAAGACGUUUGACUGGGAUAACUACUUACCUAGACGCUUUUUUUUUGUUCUACAAGCGCCACAACAAAUUUAAUAGGAAUAAAAUUUCAAAAAUAUACAAAUAAACAUUUAUGCAGGGUUAAACAAAAUUCUACAAGUUAUAAUAUGGUAAAUAGUCAUCAAGUGGAUAAAAAAAUCAUAGUUUUCAGUUGAUUUUUAAAAAUAUUACACAUUUACAACGUUUUUGGUUCAUUUUAACACAAUUUUAAUAAAUUAUUUCUUAUAUAAUAAUCUUAUAGAUAUUUUUUCUCUAUUUUAGUUAUAAAUGUUGUAUAAAAUAGUAAAUAGUCUAGUUAUUGUUAAAAGGGAAAUAAGGGGUGGGAAGAAACACGUUUAUUUUUUGUGAAUUUACAGCUUGUAUCUUUUUAUGUUUAAUAAAAGUGUGGCAAAGAAUGUCUGCUUGUUUAAAUCAUAACCUAUAUUUCAAAAUAUAGAAAAUCGUGCUAAAAAAAUUAUAAUCCAUCCGUUAUUCUAAACAAUCAUGAUUUUUUAAGAGCAUUUGAUCUGAUUAAGAACAAGGUAUAAUACUAUGAUAUAAAAAGAAUUUUUCAAUAAAAAAAAUAGUCGUCGAUGUAUAGUAUAGUAAAUUGUCGCUCUGUAC